GUGACGGGCUAACCAUAUUGAGGUUAGUGUGUUGACGCAGUGGGCUGCCCGUACAAUUAUCUCAGCGAAACCGCCUUCGUUAUUUAUUAUGGUCGUUGCCAAUUUGAGCUUUGCUUUGUUCUGGCUCUCGUUUUAAGCCCAGCUCUUUUUAUUCCACUAUUUCCACCUCUUGGUGACUUCUCCCUUCGAUCCUACCUAGUGACCACUAUCUCGAUCCUCUUCUUUCACGGUUGCCCCUCGCUCUUGUUGACACCCCACGUAUCAGUGAAAAUGGCGGAGGCUCUUGGAGCUCUGUUGGAGGCAAGCUUGGAUCCACGCCGGAACAAGGAAGCCGAGCUUGCCCUGCGACAGGAAGAGCAAAAACCGGGCUAUUCGCUACAACUUCUCCAAAUCUCUGCGUCCGAUUCAUCUCCCACCAAUAUUCGCCUUGCGAGCGCCCUCUGCUUCAAGAAUUUUGUCAAGCGGAAUUGGACCAAUGAGGAUGGAAACUGGAAGCUGCCUCAAAAUGAGGUUGAAACGAUCAAGCGCGAGCUCAUCAACCUGAUGAUCUCGGUCCCUCCCUCAAUCCAGACUCAGCUGGGCGAGGCUGUCAGCGUGAUCGCCGACAGUGACUUCUGGGAGCGAUGGGAUACUCUUGUUGACGACCUCGUUUCGAAGCUGUCGCCGUCCAACCCUACGGUCAACAUUGGUGUUUUGCAAGUUGCGCACUCGAUCUUCAAGCGCUGGCGCCCGCUUUUCCAAUCCAAUGAACUCUACAUGGAAAUCAAUCAUGUCCUUGAGAAGUUCGGAACACCGUUCCUGGCCCUGUUCGAGGGUCUCGAUACUUACCUCGACCAAAACAAGACCAACAAGGAAAAUUUGAUCCAAGGUUACAACCAGCUAAACUUGAUGAUCAAAUUGUUCUACGACCUCUCGUGCCACGAUCUUCCUCCUAUGUUCGAAGAUAAUAUCGGCGCGAUUGCACAGAUCCUUCUCAAAUACCUCACAUAUGACAACCAACUACUCCACACCGACGAUGAGACCGAGGCUGGCCCGUUGGAGUAUGUUCGUGCCGGAAUUUUCGAGGCUCUGACUCUGUACGUCCAGAAGUUCCUUGAUGCAUUUGGACCUCAUGUCGGACAGUUCAUUCAGAGCUCCUGGAGCUUCUUGACGACUAUCGGCCAAGAGACCAAGUAUGACAUUCUUGUCAGCCGUGCCCUUCACUUCUUGACCUCGGUCGCUAGCAUGCCCGAGCAUGCUCCCUCUUUCCAGGCCGAGGAGACUCUUGGACAGAUCAUUGAGAAGGUCAUUCUGCCCAACGUGAGCCUGCGUGAGUCGGAUGAGGAGCUAUUCGAAGAUGAGCCGAUUGAGUUCAUCCGCCGGGAUCUGGAGGGAUCCGACAGCGAGACCAGGCGACGCGCUGCGACGGACUUCCUUCGACGACUGGCUGAGAAGUUUGAGGAAUCUGUGACCAAGGUGACUCUCAAGUAUAUCGAACACUAUCUUGCUGAGUAUGCCAAGGAUCCUGCGUCAAAUUGGAAGUCCAAGGAUACAGCGACCUACCUGUUCUCUGCGAUUGCCGCCAAGGGCGUUGCCACCUCUACACACGGUGUCACUGCUACGAACAACCUGGUCAGCAUCACCGACUUCUUCCAGCAGCACCUUGCCGCGGAUCUGAUCUCUGAUGACGGAGUCCACCCAAUUCUCAAGGUUGAUGCUAUUAAGUACUUGUACAAUUUCCGCAGCAUCAUCACCAAGGAACAAUGGCAGCAGGUGCUUCCCGUGUUGGUGAAGCAUCUGGCUUCCGCAAACUAUGUUGUUUACACGUAUGCUGCGAUUGCCGUGGAGCGUGCUCUCUUCCUCAGUGAUGCUCAGGGCCAGCCCGUGAUCCCCCCUACCGAGAUUACUCCGCUGUCCAAGGAACUCCUGGAACACAUCUUCCAGCUGAUCCAACGGGACCCCGCCCCUGAAAAGGUGCAGGAAAACGAGUUCCUGAUGCGCUGUGUGAUGCGUGUGCUGGUCGUCAUUCGUGAGGGUGUUGUGCCCUUCACAGAUGUCGUUUUGAACCGCCUGGUCGCCAUCACGGAUACCAUUCGCACCAACCCUAGUAAUCCCAGAUUCUAUUACUAUCAUUUUGAAGCCAUGGGUGCUUUCAUCCGAUUUGCCGCCCCCGCGAAUCCCGACAAGCUCGAGCAGGCCCUAUAUACGCCAUUUGCCGGUAUUCUCCAGAACGACGUGCAAGAAUUUAUGCCCUAUGUGUUCCAGCUCUUCGCGGCUCUUCUCGAAGCCAACCCCUCUGCAACCCUGCCUACCUACUAUCAGGAACUGAUUGCGCCAAUCUUGAUGCCGGUCAUGUGGGAGUCGCGGGGCAACAUUCCUGCGCUAGUUCGGCUACUUUCCUCCAUUAUCCCUCGUGGAUCGCAGUACAUCAUCGAGCACAACCAGAUUGAGCCUAUUCUGGGUAUUUUCCAGAAGCUUUUGGCAACCAAGACGAACGAAGGCUAUGGCUUUGAUCUCCUGGAGGCUGUGGUUGCAACUUUCGCGCCUGCCGCUCUGGAGCCGUAUUUCAUCCAGAUUAUGCAGAUCAUUCUCCAGCGUCUGCAAAACUCCAAGACUGAAAACUUGUCCCUUCGAUUCGUCCGGUUCUAUCACUUCCUGACUGCUCAUGACGACAAGGGAUACAGCCCGGACACCAUCCAGCAGAUCUGUGAAAAGAUCCAGCCCGAUCUUUUCAAGGGCGUUUACCUCGGCCUUGUGCUCGCGGAUACCCAGAAGCUGGCACGCCCUCUGGACCGCAAGACUGCAGUUAUCUCACUGACCAAGACUCUUGCCAACUCGGAGGCAUUUGCAACCAAGUAUGUCAAGGGUUGGGCCUUCACCUGCAACACUCUGCUGAAGCUCCUUGAGCUUCCCCCCGAGGUUGUUCACAAGGAUGACCUCAUUGAGUUUGACGCCGAGGAGAUGUCCUUCGGCGUUGGAUUCACUGCGUUGAACACCAUCCGUAUGCAGCCCAGGGAUCCCUGGCCGGAAACCGGCCUCGAUCUCAAGGCCUGGGUUGGCGCUUAUUUGAAGGAGGCGGACAAGAAGAACGGCGGCCGGGUUUCACAGUUCGCCCAGGAGCGUCUUGAUGACCAGGCCAAGUCGGUCCUUGGGAGCUACAUUUCCUAGGAGUCUUAGAUUGGGUGUGGUCAAAUCUUAGGUUGCGCCAGAGAGGGCGGCUAUAAUGAGUUUCCUUUGUUCUUGAGAAAAACAAACAAAAAGUUGACGAGC